CCCACCCAACAGGCCGAGGCCGCGAGGGUGGGAGCCCGCGCACCCCGCUCGCCUCCUUAUUGGCCGCCGCGGCGAGACUGUGGAGGUGGUGCAAGAUGGCGGCGCUGGGCUCUCCGUUGCGGACUUUACGCGGGCUUCUGCGCGAGCUCCGCCACGCCAACGAGCGGUCCGGCCGCUCCUAUCGCGAAAUGCCCGCCUACCGGCAUAUCGUGGCGGCCUUCCGCGCCCACCGGGUCACCAGCGAGAAGCUGUGCCGGGCCCAGCAGGAGCUGCACUUCCAGGCUGCCACCUACCUCUGCCUGCUCCGCAGCGUCCGGGAGCACGCGGCCCUUCACCGGGAGUACCACGGCAAAGGGGAGCGCUCGCCUGAGGAGGUCGCCGGCCUGGUGGGCUUCAGGUUGCCCCAGCAGCCGGGAGGGAAGGCUUAGGAUGAUUGUGUCACGUUCCCUAUUUAUUCCUGAAUAAAUAUCCUACACUACGA